AUGCGCGACAACGAUGAUUUCUCGACCAUCUUGGAAGCGUACAAAUACAAGUGCCAAUUUGUCGAUAACGACAACUAUCGUGACUGGGGUGUGCGAAUCAAAGAUCCAGAAGUGGCGAAAUGGUAUGGGCAGAACAAGACCAAUCUGCACGUUGCAUACUAUUUUGAUCGUUUUGGAAACUUCACCCCUCUCAAGGGUGCAACUCCAAAGCAGACAGAGGCGGGAGCCAAAGCUGCUUCCAGUGCAUCUUAUCCAUCGGUUGGAGGUGAGAAGCGGCCGCCCAUGCCAGAGGCUGGUUUGGGACCUCUACAGAAGCGACCGCGGCCGAAUGCUGGAGAUUUGAAGGCUCAGGUUCCUGUUGCAAAACAGCAACCGAUUCAGCUGGGACGUGAAAUCUAUGAUGAUGCUGACACUGAGUCUUUGCGAUGGAGAGCAGUGAAGGCGACACAAGUUUGGCCAAAAUGGUUUGAUGAAGCUCAAGGCCCUCAAACUUUGAGACCUUUGAGAACUCUGAAAGCAGGAGAGUGCUUCAAAUCCAUCAUGCAGCGCCCGGAAAAAGGCCAAGCCGAGUGGCUGGCAAUGCAUCCACGUGGCUGGGUGAAAGUUGCCCCAUGGCUGAAACUGGAUGAGCGUCUGCGGCAUGGAGGGCACAGCGAACGUGGUCCGACUUUGAUGACGAAGGCGGUCUACUGGAUGCAUGUUGCCCGGCGCUGCCGAGCCCGUGAACAUGAUCUUUCGAGCUCCAGACAUGUGGCAGAUUUCCCUGUUGCAGAGGUUGAGGCCUCUUUGCGGCAAACAGUCUUCAUAGCUGAAGAUGGUGUCCGCCGCUUGCAGUCACAAGAACUUGAGAAAGUUCGGAGGUUUCUCGCGCAGCCGCUAUCCUUGGAUGAGGAAGCUGGCACUGGCACUGGCCGGUCAGUUCACGUCCUUGCGACCGUCGAACGCCCCGCCCUGCUCUCCACCGCGUCGCUUGGGAGGCUUCACUGCAUUUGCCUGGCCCCCAAGCCGUUCUUGUCCUCGCGGAUCGCAGUCAGAUUUUCUCAUUUCCGUGUCUCAACUGAUGAGGCGAUGGCCGUCAUGGAGCCUCAGGAUCUUGCCAUGCACUCGGACGUGGUGGCUGCCAGGCUCAAGGACACAGACGACGACGUUUGUUACGAGGCCAUCCGCACGAUGAAGCGCCUGCAGCCGGACAUCUUGGAGAAGCAUGCGGAAAUCCUGAGUCGACUGCUGGGAGAUGAGGAUUGGAAUGUGCGCCUUGCCGCCCUGAGCACACUUGCGAGGUUGGAUCCGCUAAAACUCUGCUUUUAUUCUGAGGCCAUCAAAGAGCGAUGCACAGACGAGGUGCAUCAAGUGGCAGAGCUGGCACAAAAGAUUUGGAUUAGGCUGAAUGAGCUGCCACACCGGGCCAUCACCUGCAGAAGGGAAGAGAGCUGUUCUGAAGAGGUUCGAAUUACUUGUACCAGCAUGGCAGGCAAUGAGUUGACCGUGGUGUCGAUCCUCCAAGCUGCGACCUGCGAAGAGCUUCGUGAGUUGGUGGCAAAAACGUUGAGUGUGCCACUUCUGCAGCUAAAGCUUCUGAGCUCCGGAUCCCAACCGCAGGAACUUGUUGGCAGCAUUCCUGCUGUGGAUGAGAUGCAUCUGAACGACGAGUUGGAAUUGGAGGUGAGACUUAUCAGCGGGAAGCUGCUUGCAAAGGUCCACUGCUUUAGGUCUGAAGGUUUCGUCAAGCUGCGCGAAAGAGUAAAGGAGGCCUGCCAAAUCAAGGGCCCAUUCUGGCUUUUGCAGAAUCAGCGUUUGCUGAGGAGUCCCAGUCUGGGGCAGCCAGAUCCUGUACAAACCUUGGAGGCGAAUGCCUCGUUGGUCUUGGUGAAGCGAUCCGUCUCAGACCUAAGUCAAGAACUCGUUGGAUUUGAGGGUGCAGCCUUCCGAGGGGAUGCACAGGAGGUGUUCCGCCUUUUGGAUGACGGUGCAGAGAUUGAUUAUCGGGAUACCACCCGUUUGCGAACGCCACUGAUGUGGGCUGCCACUGGUGGCCACAGCUCGUUAUGUCUCCGGCUCUUGAAGCGAGGUGCAAAUCCAAUGUUGCGCGCAUCAGGUGCAACAGAGUCGGCCUUCAGGGCACUUUCUUUUGUGAAGUCGUUGAAGGAAGACCAGAACGCGCAGUUCUGGGUCGCGGCAGGAGCCUGUCCGCAGUUCAUCACAGCCCUCUCGAAACCAUCCUUGGAAGCAAAGGAGUCGCCCAGUGAGCCCAGUGACUUCAUCAAGGAAUGCUUAGCGCUACAGGCAGUGCGAGAUGCCCAAGGUGUUCCUCCGCUUAAGCGAAGCUCCUGCCGUUCGUCUCCUUCCUUGCACGAGCCGCCCUUCGUUGUGAAACAUGGUGAGUUCACUCGAAAAAUCAUGUGCCCGCGCGGUGUUGGUGGCGUCCUGCAAAAAUCUCCGCCACCUUGGUCCAAUGAGACCCGCACAGCACCGGUGCUUCCGUCCAAGUACCGAGAAUUGUCGUGGUGGCUUUGGGCAUCGGUGAAUCCCGAGUACCAGAUCUAUCCAGAGGUGGUGGAACUGCGAAGCGCAUAUCCUUGGCACAAGGAUGCUGGACCUGACACGCGAAUCUUCAUGAAUCCCAAGGAUGAUUUCAUCGAGUACCGCAGGGCCAAGUUCCAACCUGGCAACAAGCUCACCAUGCGCACAGGUAGUGGCAGCAUGUCCUCCAAAGCCUGA